GGGAAGCCGCGGCGGGGAGCAAGCUGUCGGCUCCGUGCCUCACCGCUCUCUCCCUCCCACUCCUGGUCUGUCACAGGACCCCGCUAUGAGGAAGUUGGCCCCUGAGCUGGAGCUGCAGCUGCCUCGUUAGGGUGCGGUCCGAGGCUUGGAGAAGUGGGAUGUAAAACGAAGAUCGGGAGCAAAUUUGAAGAAAUGCAAAGUGAGUUGGUGCCAUUCAGCAUGUCCGAGACAGAGCACAUAGCCUCCAUUUCCUCUGAUAAAAAUAUUGGGAAAGCAACUGAAUUAAAGGAAGACUCAUGCAACUCAUUUUCUGGUGAUGAAAGCAGCAGAUUAGAAGAUGAGUCCAAAUUAUUGUCAUUAAACUUUGAAAAUACUUUAUGUCAGCCUAAUGAGCACAAUAACCAGAUUGAAACACAGGAAAAUUAUAUUCCAGAUCUUGGAGGAGGUGAGGAUUCUUGUGCUAACACAGACAUAUGCCCAGAAAAUUCUGAACAAAUAGCUAAUAUUCCUAGUGGAGAUUUUGCAAAGCACAUUUCAAAAACAAAUGAAACAGAACAGACAGUAAUACAAAUAUUGGCGGAAUUGAAGUCGUCUACAUUUACAGAAGCAGCUAAUCAAAAGAUUUAUUCAGAAAGUCCCUAUGAUACAGACUGCACCAAGAAACUUAUUUCAAAAAUAAAAAAUGUUUCAGCAUCAGAGGAUUUGUUGGAAGAAAUAGAAUCUGAGCUUUUAUCUACGGAGUUUGCAGAACACCGAGUAUCAAAUGGAAUGAAUAAGGGAGAACAUGCAUUAGUUCUGUUUGAAAAGUGUGUGCAAGAUAAGUAUUUGCAGCAGGAACAUACCAUAAAAAAGUUAAUUAAAGAAAAUAAGAAGCAUCAGGAGCUCAUCUUAGACAUUUGUUCAGAAAAAGACAAUUUAAGAGAAGAACUAAAAAAAAGAACAGAAACAGAGAAGCAGCAUAUGAGCACAAUUACACAGUUAGAAUCAAGAAUAGAGGAACUUAAUAAAGAAGUUAAAGCUUCCAAAGAUAAACUAGUAGCUCAAGACAUUGCAGCUAAAAAUGCAAUUCAGCAGUUACACAAAGAGAUGGCCCAGCGUAUGGAACAGGUCAACAAGAAGUGUGAAGAGGCCCGCCAAGAAAAAGAAGCAAUGGUAAUGAAGUAUGUCAGAGGCGAGAAGGAAUCUUUAGACCUUCGAAAGGAAAAAGAGAUGCUUGAGAGAAAACUUAGAGAUGCAAAUAAGGAACUUGAGAAAAACACUAACAAAAUUAAGCAGCUUUCUCAGGAGAAAGGACGGUUGCACCAGCUGUAUGAAACAAAGGAAGGUGAAACGACUAGACUCAUCAGAGAAAUAGACAAAUUAAAGGAAGAUAUCAACUCUCAUCUCAUUAAAGUAAAGUGGGCACAAAACAAAUUAAAAGCUGAAAUGGAUUCACAUAAGGAAACCAAAGAUAAACUCAAAGAAACAACAACAAAGUUAACACAAGCAAAAGAAGAAGCAGAUCAGAUAAGAAAAAACUGUCAGGAUAUGAUAAAAACAUAUCAGGAGUCAGAAGAAAUUAAAUCAAAUGAGCUUGAUGCAAAGCUUAGAGUCACAAGAGGAGAACUUGAAAAACAAAUGCAAGAAAAAUCUGACCAGCUAGAGAUGCAUCAUGCCAAAAUAAAGGAACUCGAAGAUCUGAAGAGGACAUUUAAGGAGGGUAUGGAUGAGCUACGAACGCUAAGAACAAAGGUGAAAUGUCUAGAAGAUGAACGAUUGAGAACAGAAGAUGAAUUAUCAAAAUAUAAGGAAAUUAUUAAUCGCCAAAAAGCUGAAAUUCAGAAUUUAUUGGACCGAGUGAAAAUUGCAGAUCAGAUACAGGAGCAGCUUCAAAGAGGUAAACAAGAAAUUGAAAAUUUGAAGGAAGAAGUGGAAAGUCUUAAUUCUUUGAUUUAUGACCUACAAAAAGACAUCGAAGGCAGUAGGAAAAGAGAAUCGGAGCUACUACUGUUUACAGAAAAGCUCACUAGUAAGAAUGCACAGCUUCAGUCUGAAUCCAAUUCUUUGCAGUCACAAUUUGAUAAACUUUUCUGUAGUGAAAGUCAGUUACAAAGCCAAUGUGAACAAAUGAAACAGGCAAAUGUUAAUUUGGAAAGUAGAUUGGCAAAAGAGGAAGAACUGCGAAAAGAGGAAGUCCAGACUUUGCAAGCUGAACUCACUUGUAGACAAACAGAAGUUAAAGCAUUGAGUACCCAGGUAGAUGAAUUAAAAGAUGAGUUAGUAACUCAAAGACGCAAACAUGCCUCUAGUGUCAAGGAUCUUACCAAACAACUUCAGCAAGCACGAAGAAAAUUAGAUCAGGUUGACAAUGGAAGCUAUGAUAAAGAAGUCAGCAGCAUGGGAAGUCGUUCUAGUUCAUCAGGGUCCCUUAAUGCUCGGAGUAGUGCAGAAGAUCGAUCACCAGAAAACAUGGGGUCAUCAGUAGCUGUGGAUAACUUUCCAGAAGUAGACAAGGCCAUGUUGAUUGAGAGGAUAGUUAGGCUGCAAAAAGCACAUGCCCGGAAAAACGAAAAGAUAGAAUUUAUGGAGGACCACAUCAAACAAUUAGUGGAAGACAUUAGGAAAAAAACAAAAGUAAUUCAGAGUUACAUUUUGCGGGAAGAAUCGGGCACACUUUCUUCAGAGGCAUCUGAUUUUAACAAAGUCCAUUUAAGUAGACGGGGUGGUAUCAUGGCGUCUUUAUAUACAUCUCAUCCAGCUGACAGUGGAUUAACCCUGGAGCUCUCUUUGGAGAUCAACCGGAAAUUACAGGCUGUUUUGGAGGAUACGUUACUAAAAAAUAUUACUUUGAAGGAAAAUCUCCAAACACUUGGAACAGAAAUAGAACGUCUUAUUAAACACCAGCAUGAACUAGAACAGAGGACAACAAAGCAAACCUAACACAAAGCUCUUGCUCAGUCAUCAGACGAAAGCCACACAGGAGCAGGUGCCACUGACCAGUACUGUUGAAAACUUCUCUGCUUUGUGUGUCACCCACUAAAAAAUUUGUUUUGCUUCAUCUGUACAAAAAAGUAACAUUUUACAAUAUGAGUGCAUUGCCGUGUAUACUGUAAGAGUGUAAACUUUGAAGAAAUUUGUCUUUGUAUGGUGCGGUACAGCCUGUCAUCGAAUCUAAACAGCUUAAUUUGCUUGUAGUCAUGUGAAGUGCUGAUCCCACAAGGGCUUUUA